CCCCCCCCCCCCUCCUCCCCAAUCUCCAUCCAUCCGUCUCGCAAUCAGCCCAAGUCAAGAAAUCAAGCAGAGAGAAAGGGAUUGAGAUCCUCGUCGAUGUCGAUGGAGGGGUCGUCGUCGCAGAAGAAGGAGAUGGAGAGGGGCACGGAGAGACCGUUGGGGAUGGGGAAGGUGUGCGGGAAGGAGGAGAAGGUGGUGGGGAUGAAGAAGGCGCCGGGGAGCUGCCCGUACUGCGGCGGCGGGGUGGCGGCGACGGACGUGGAGGCCAAGCUGCUGCUCUGCUUCCUGCCGCUCUGCCGCCGCGCCAAGCGGAGGUUCGCAUGCACCGCCUGCGCACGGCGACUCGUCACCUACCCCGCCAUCCUCCAUGACUAGCUCCUUCUACAUCCUCCUUCAUUUACUUCCCGUUGGUUAAUUCCUUCUCCCCAGAUUCGCUCGCUCUUUCUAUCGAUCGAUCCCCUCCUGCGCGCUUGCAUGCAGGCGGAACAACUGAAACUAGUUGAUUUUAUUGAUCUUGAGGGUAGCGGCAGUGGCACAAGGACUGAAGAUCGAUCAUCGCUUCUUUUUUUUUCUUGUUCCCCGAGAACAAUUGUUAAUGCUAGUGGAAGUAUUACGGAUUACUAGUAAGUACUGUGGUACUCAUGGUAGAAUUGGGUUGAUUGAUUGAUUAGCGGCCUGCUUGUUUUCGGUGGAUCGACCGGGGACUAGACGUUGUUCCUCGUGGGCCGUGGCCAACCAAAAUAUACCAGGCAGGUUGAGUGAGAAUGGCCGGCGGCCCUUGCUAACAGGCUGCAUCGAGUUUUGCUGGUGGUGGUGGUGGUGGAUGAUAUCGAAGGAAGCCGUGUCAAUUUUUGUUUUUUUUAUUA